CGCGUGAGGUUCGACAGCUGGAUGUACGGCCGCCGCAGCCCUGCCCGAACCCGGUCCAGCAAGAAGUUCGGCAAGGACCCGCAGCCCAGUGGCCAGCCCCAGGAGCUGGCGCCUAGCUGCCAGCCUCAGCAGAAGACCUCCGGCGGGCUGCAGAGCAUGCUGUCGGACCACCAGUGUGAGGCGGUGCACUCGGGCAGCGCAGCGCGCGGCAGCCCGAGGGGGCAGGCGCAGCAGGCGACGCCGCGGCCCAACCUGGGGUGCUCGCACGUGGCGGCGCGGCAGGCGGAGGACCCGGCCGUCGCCAUCUCGCCGCUGGCUGGCGCGAAGCGGCUCGGGUCGUCGCGGCGGCCGUCGCCCGCAGGUGGGGCACAGCGCCCAGGCGAGAUGCCGCCUGCCGCUGGCCGUUCGGGGCUGCACUGGCAGCAGCAGGGCGCAGCAGCGGCGGUGGCGGCGCAGUCGCAGUUUCGGCAGCGCUUGCCGGAUGCGGGCUCGAGUCCAGCAGGGAGCGGCGUCCUGGCAGGAGCUGGUCGGCUGCAGCGGGGGAAGGAGCGGCAGCACCGGCCCUCCCAGCACGACCACAGCUCCGCGAUCGAGGUGCUGGACUCGCAGGCCCCACCGCCGCGCCCACCUCCAGACGCGCAGACCCCGCUGGACGUGUCGGACUCGCCGCUGGCGCCGACGGCGCUGGACGUGUUGGACUCGCAGAGCCAGGACGUGACAGUGGAGGACGUGCUGCUCCCGCGAUCGGCAGCGGGCGCCGCAGAGAGCCCGAGCCCUCCGGCGCAGCGCACCCUGGCCUCGAGGCACUUCCAGGGGCGCCUCCAGGCCAAGCGCGGCAAGGGCGCCAGCCAGCGGGAACCGGCGGCCGCGCCCGCCGAGCAGGAACGCGGCCGCCUGGGGGAGCAGCCGAGCGACGGGGCCUUGGACGAGGAUGGCGAUUUGGCUAUGUUCCAGACCAAGAGAAUACGCGUCAGCAUGGCGGGCCUGACGGCGGCGCCAGAGACCUCGGCGGCAGCCACCGCGGAGGAGAAGAUGUUCAGGCGCCUCACCAGGACGUCCCGCGGGAAGGCUCGCGUCAGGGCCGCCACUCACGACGGCAUCCUUCAGGACCGCCUGGCGGACGCUGCCGUGGGGCACCCGGCCGCGGGCGGCGCCGCCCUGGAGGCCCUCGGCAGCGACCCUUUCCGCGCCCCCCGGAGCUCCGACGGCCCCGCGCAGGCCGCGGCGCCCUCGCGGCCGCGGCGCGGCGCGCGGCGCAGCGGCGCUCGCGCGGCGGAGCCCGCGCGGGGCGCUCGGCGAGUACGGUCCCGUGAGACGGAGAAGGGACCGAGCUUGACCGCGUGA